AUGCGAGAGGAGAUCCUUGCGCUCAGAAAGGAGAAACUAAGUUACCAGAAACAGAUAGCGAAGCUGGAGAAGAAAGCUAUCGCCCAGGAAAGAGAACUGGAGGAACUGAAAGCUAGAAUGGACACUGUCCAAAAAGUAACCAUUGAUGUGCAGAAACGAUACGAUCUUGUAUUCAGGAAUUUACUUGCUCUUUAUGAAGAGGCAAAAAACAAUAAGGAAAAGAUUCGUAAGUUGGAAGAAGCGGUACUUCAGUAA